AUGGUUCUCUUUUGCAAAAGAUGGGUAUUCCUACUAGUAGUAUACAUCGCUCGGGCUGUUGUUUCGUUCCCCCAAUUUCAGAGCCAGAUUCCAAACGGAGAGAAUGUGCCCCAUCCUUGUAAAGACAAGGAAUGGUCUGCUGUGGGUCAUGCUAAUCCUAAUGGGGGACAUGAGAGGAACCCCUUCGGAAACGACUUUGCUGCGCUUGGAAUGACUUGGACUGAAGCACUUUGUCAGGCAGAUUCUGAUGGGGACGGGAGGAGUAAUGGUGAAGAACUAGGGGACCCAAACUGCACUUGGAGCCAGGGUCAGCCAUUACCAAGCACCCCAGUUAGUCAUCCAGGAGUGUGUGAGCCAUUGGAUGACGAAAAAUGUAAAGGCAAAAAUGAAUGGCUUAUUUGCAAAAAGAAUGAUUUUGAAUGCGAUGCUUUAAAUGAUCCAGAAACACAGUAUUUUGACAUAAAGUUUCCUCGGCGGAAAGUUCCUGCUAAGAAGACGACUUACACGUGUAUGGUGGUGGAAGUUCCGGAAGUGGGAGACCAUCACAUGGUCGCUAACACACCCCUCAUAGACAAUGAUCACGUGAUGCAUCAUAUGCUACUGUAUGGCUGUCAAGGUGAUGCUGUUCCAAAAUUGAACACACCUUAUGAAUGCGGUAUGGAGGCGUCCCUUGAGUGUAGGGAGUUACUUGGAUUAUGGCAGGUGGGGUUAGAGGGAGAAUGCAUGCACCGUGACGCAGGUUUCCGGUUUGGCAAGAACGGGUAUCGACAUAUUGCAUUGCAGAUGCACUGGACUAACAAACAGGAGAGAUCUGAUUACCACGACGGUUCAGGGAUGAGGAUUUUUUACACCACAACCCUCCGUCAACAUGACGCUGGAACCUUAUGGGUAGGCCAGAUGUUCUUGGAAAUUCCUCCACAGAUGCCGGAGGUGGCCGUGAGUGGAGUCUGUACCUCAGAGUGUACAUCCAAAAUUUUCGAAGACAAUCUCAAUGUUAUCGGAGCUUUCAAUCACAUGCAUCUACUUGGAAAAAAACAGAACGUAGAACAUUUUAGAAACGGAAAACGUAUAGGUGUCUUAACAAACGACACACAAUACUCCUACAAUAAUCCUGCACAGAAUAGUUUUGAUGUCCCUGUCGUCGUAAAACCCGGAGAUGAACUAAAAACCACUUGCACAUUUAGCUCAGAAGGUGUACGAAAAUCCACUUUCUUUGGGAAAGGAACACAUGAUGAAAUGUGCUUUGCAUUUUUAAAGUAUUAUCCCAAGCAGAAAGCAAAGAUCCAAAAGUGCUUGUCAUUUAAAGCACUGUCUAUGUGCCCAAUGUUUCCGGAAACGGCGAAUCUCUUCGAUGACGGAGUAAAAGGAUGUAACAUUCCGAAGUUCACUUCGCUGACUAAUCCUGCAACACUGGCCAUGGUAUUUCAGAUUCAAGCAAAGUGCAGACCUGACAUCUGUACACAAGAAUGUAAGAAUACGAUACGUAAACUGAGACAGCAUCCAUGUUUAAAGGAAGACAUUUGGGAAUACCUUAAAUUUUUCUUGAUGGCGGAAAAACGGGGCGACUCAGGAAUAGACGUUGAAAAAUUAUUAGUGCUUUAUUCUGUGUGUGACCUGCAACUUGGGAAAGAAAUGGGAAAUGACGUAAUUGUGGGAACAACACCAAUGCGCAUGACUCCAGAAGAUUCCACAGCAUCGAUUAGUGGCGGAACCACUAAACCCCCGACAUGUCCACAGUGUCCACCAACACAUUUGUCUAUUUGUAACAAGAGUUCUGCAUUAACCAACACAUUUUCCUCUCUAGCUGUGUUUUUAAGUGUGAUUAUUUCUUUGAUAUAGAAUUUGUCAUGCCAAAAGGAUGAGUUUGUUGUACUGUUUCCUGUGUGAUAUA